UUCAUUUAGAGCGCCUAUCUCGCUUCAGCCGUCUCUCUCGGAUGUUAUACCAAUGCAAAUACCUCGGCGGGGAUACCGGGAUGUGUACGGAUGUUUAUGAGAAAGACUGACUUUUUCCUCAAACUUGUAGCAGCCUCCUCCAUUCAGCAAGUUGAGAGGUGGAUGAAACUUUUUGUGAAUGAGUAUCCCGCCGCUGGCUGCCACAUCUGGACGUCGUCGGAGCUGUCAAGUCCAGCGCUUUAGCCGGACCUGACCUGACCCCCCCCCCCCCUCUUUUUUUUUCUCUCUAAACCUCAAGGCGGAAUACUGGACUUUAAACUCUCGUCUCUUUAUUUUUAAAACUUUUGCCUUUCUUUUUUUCAUAAUUACAAGGCACAACAUGGAACACUCGGUCCUCAGAAUAACAUGCGUGCUGGUGGUUAUCUGUCUCUUGGAUAAAAGGGUAGAUUCCAAUGAAAUCUUGGGUCUGAAGCUCCCCAACAUCGACCCAAUCCUGAAUGCCAACACAGUGUGUCUCACACUGCCAGGGUUGACGCGGCGCCAGCUGGAGGUGUGCAUGCGCAACCCAGAUGUGACGGCUUCAGCAAUCCAGGGAAUCCAGAUUGCCAUCCACGAGUGCCAGCACCAGUUCAGAGGGCACCGCUGGAACUGCUCCAGUCUGGAGACUAGGAACAAAAUACCCUACGACAGCAUAGUCUUUAAAAGAGGUUUCAGGGAGAGUGCCUUUGCAUAUGCCAUUGCUGCAGCAGGCGUAGUGCAUGCAGUGGCCAACGCCUGCUCCAUGGGAAAGCUGAAGGCGUGCAGCUGUGACGAGAAGCGUCGUGGGGACGAGGAGGCCUUCCGCAUCAAACUGCACCGUUUGCAACUAGAGGCCAUCCACCGGGGAAAGGGUAUGGUACACGGCGUCAUGGAGCACUUCCCUGCUGACCUGCCAGGCCCCCAGGACUCCUGGGAGUGGGGCGGCUGCAGCCCUGAUGUGGAAUUCGGCGAGAAGUUCUCAAGGGACUUCUUGGAUGCCCGUGAAACCUACAAGGACAUCCAUGCUCGUAUGAGGCUGCAUAAUAACAGAGUUGGGAGACAGGUGGUGCUCGACCACAUGAGAAGGAAAUGCAAGUGCCACGGGACAUCAGGGAGCUGCCAGCUGAAGACCUGCUGGCAGGUCACCCCAGAGUUCCGGGUGGUGGGCUCAAUCCUCAAAGAGCGCUUCCACAUUGCCACGCUCAUUAAGGCUCACAACCGAAACACAGGACAGCUUGACCAUUCUAACCACAACAACAACCACCACAACCACCAUAACCAUCACAACCACCACAACCACCACCACCAUCACCACCAUCAGAACAACCACCACAAUCACCACCACCACACGCACCGGCGGCGGCCGAACAUCAACGAGCUGGUCUACUUUGAAAAGUCGCCGGACUUCUGCGAGCGGGACCUGGGGUCAGAUUCGGCAGGGACGCAGGGUCGGAUCUGCAACAAGACCAGCCCCGGCAUGGACAACUGUGAGAGUCUGUGCUGUGGGAGAGGCCACAACAUCCUGCAGCAGACGCGGAGUGAACGCUGCAACUGCAAGUUUCACUGGUGCUGCUACGUGGUGUGCGAAGAGUGCAGGAUAACAGAGUGGGUCAGUGUCUGUAAAUGAAGAAACACACACUAUAAGACUGUAAAGAAAACAAAGAAAGACUUUUUUUUUUAAAUCAAGGCUGUUAAUUUGAAAGGGGAAUAUGACUUUUAAUAUAUGUGCCCCUGACCUUUUUGCAGUGGACUGCUGUUUUCCAGAGGAGCAGGGACAGGGUGCAAAGCAGUUGAGCCAGCAGAAAGAUAGACGUGCAUGUUGGUAAAGAGCGUGCACAUGAGGCAUUUGUCUAAAGCUGCCAGAAAGCUUGGAUGUUUACUGCCUUCCUCUUGAGACAAAGGAACUUAGUUAAAUCAGAUAAAUCUGAAAAGCUCCAAAUAUGAAAUCUGAGAGGCUCAGAAAACAACUAAACAUUGUUGUUUCAUGUAGACUGACAUACGGCUGCAUGAGAUGAGCAGAGAGUUACGAGUAAGCGGUAGAUUGCAUGCAGAAUGAAAAUAAUAUUGCUUCAUAGCACCAGCAGUAUAUAAGGUGGAAAGGCUGAGACAAAUAAAGACCUUUUCACACAUCAGGAUUUCACGAUGCACAAGAUUUGGCACAGCACAAUACACCUGGAGCACUUAAGGAUUUAGUGCCUUGUUCAAGGGCAGUUCAGAAGUUUCGAUGUUUAUAGCAACCAUCAUGUUACACCUAUAGGAAUACAGCAGGGAUCAAAUGACACUCUGUAGAUGUAUCAGUCAAUGUUACUUUGUUGUGUGCAUAAUGUGUAGUCCUGCUAACAGUGAUGACACCCCUCAGUUAAAAACAUUCACACAGGUCCCAAGACAGACUGGACUAUUUGAAUUACAAAGUUCCCUUAAAGGGGCAAACUUUUUUAAGAGGAUGUAACUGAUAGUGUGAAUGUUGGUACGAUUCGUUAUAUCUAACACAUUCUUAUUCCGACUCAUCAAAUAUCGUUGCUUGGCCUGUGCCCUUCACAUCUACAUAUGAUGCACUAGGUAGAGUGGCUUUUUGUUGUUAAUGCUUCAGGACAGUGUGUCAAUUUAUGCCUGGUAACUGCAUAUUGUCCAAAAUACACUUCCAUUUUCACAGGAACUGUACAGUAACUACAAGUAUGUGGUUAGAUAUAGAAAAAACAAAACAAUAGUUUGGUUCACCUCCCCUCCUAAACCCGUUAUAGGGACUUUACAGCUCCUUAUAUUAUGUUGUUACUGUUUCAAAUUAACACUGUUUAGCUACAAAUCAUAAUUCGGUGACAGGUUCUGUCCGGCUGAAUUAUUAACUGAUGCCACCCAGCAGUGUAGCAUAUUGCCACGAGAAGUGCUCUCCUGCUACCCUAACCCAGUGAAAAAGGUGGCUUUUGGUGUCGUGUGAUGCUGAAAUCACUGACCAAGCGACGAUAUUUGACGAGUUUGGAAUCAGCACGGUCAUAUCAGACCCUUAGAACUGAGUUUCCUUCCCUCUAACGGAGGUUCUUAAAAUAAAAUCCACACAAAUCAGCUUCCAAUAGAGAAAGGACCAGCACUAUCCCUUAAAGGAUAAUUUUGUGAAUCCAUUUGAAACCAUUGCUCGUAUUAUAAUAUGAAAAGUAUAUUACCCUAAAACAGAGCACAGAUACAUUAUCCUGAGGUAUCCAAAAUGUUACAUGUGUUGUUUGUGUUGUGUGUAUAAUGUAAGAGGACUGUCAUGGUAAUGUGCACAGUAGACCUUCAUUGAACAAGUUUUCAUCUUCAGCACCAUAUGAACAGCAUUGUUAAUAUAACUGAAUAAUGCUGCACAAAUACAUAAAUAACUUUAAAGUGCCUCAGAAAACUGAGUGCACGUGAACAAGCUUCGGUUCCUCACACCAUAAAGCUGCCAUCAGUCAAAGUGUUUCCUGUUUUGUGAUGUAACAUACUGUGUGUGACACUGUAAGCUUCUUGUGGUAUAUCAACACUCACCUUCUUCACACGUCUUCGAUGUGUGCAGAUAGGGAUAUUCUGAUGUCAACUUCAAGGUAUAUAAGUAGCAAAGUUGAUAUGUGUUCCUGCCUAUGCAGAUUUUGAAGAUCAUAUUUGGUCUUGAGAAACAUGUAUGAGUGAGGCUCCUUAUCAGACAGUGUAAUUUAUUUCAGACAAAUAUGUUUCUGUGUUGAAAGCAGAGUAGAAAAAAAUCUGGAAUUGUGCUUCCAGUGUAAUAGAUUAUUUUGAUCCUGAUAAGUGGUUUGCACAUACAGAACUGUGUCCAGGAAAACUCUGGGAGAUAUCAGCAAUAUGCAUUUUUUUCAUGUCAUAAAUGUAUGUAUGUAUGUAUUUUUAUGUUUUAAUAUGGUUAUUAUCUAAGUUAUUUUAUUUUUGUGGAUAACUUAAUAUUUGUAAGACAAUAAAGACAGACCAUGAUACUGAAAGGGACUUUAAUGUGAUGAAUAAUAAAAUACAUGA